AUGGUUGAUUCCAAGAACAACAACAAUCAUGAAUUGAAACACAGUAAUUCAAUCAUUACCAAAAACAACAGCAAUAACAAUUCUGAGGAUGAUUCAAAAACACACGCUCAUGCUUCCGCUCAGGGAGAUGGUGGUGGUGGUACAUUGUCUCCUCAUGGGGCGGCUCAGCCAUCCGAGGCCGAUUAUUGUCUAAAUGGCAACAAGGUGCACAAGAGUGGACCACUAUUUCUUUCAUCAAAAGGGAUCGGCUGGACCUCCUGGAAGAAAAGGUGGUUUGUGCUGACACAAACCUCGUUGGUUUUCUAUCGAAGUGAUCCCAAUGCUGCUCCUCAAAAGGGAUGUGAGGCGAAUCUAACCCUUGGCGGCAUAGACCUUAACAGUUCAGGCAGUGUGGUUGUUAAAGCAGAUAAGAAACUGUUGACAGUUUCAUUUCCCGACAGUCGUGAUGGGAGAGCUUUUACUCUUAAGGCUGAAACUACAGAUGAUUUAAAUGAGUGGAAGGCUGCAUUGGAUGAAGCUUUGGCAAACGCACCAAGUGCGAGCCCAAAGGCGGGGCCCACCGGAACAUCGAAAAACGACAAGGGUGAUACAGCUGAUGCUGCUUCUUCAGAACAGUCAAAAGAUGGAGCCCCGGGAAAACCAAUGAUUCUCGGUCGUCCAAUCUUACUUGCAUUGGAAGAUGUAGAUGGAACACCAUCUUUCUUGGAGAAAGCUCUUAGAUACGUUGAAGAUUAUGGAGUGAAAGUAGAAGGCAUCUUGAGGCAGGCUGCAGACGUUGAAGAUGUUGAGCGCCGCAUGCGAGAAUACGAACAGGGAAAGGUUGAGUUUAAUGAGGAUGAGGAUGCACAUGUUAUAGGAGAUUGUAUCAAGUAUAUUCUUCGGGAAUUACCAUCAUCCCCAGUUCCAGCUUCUUGUUGCAACGCUUUGCUAGACGCACAUAAAACUGAUCGGGCCACGAGAGUCAGCGCCAUGCGUGCAGCCAUAUGCGACACAUUUCCUGAACCAAAUCGCCGUUUAUUACAAAGAAUUUUGAUAAUGAUGGAAGCCGUUGCUGACAACAAAAACGUGAACAGAAUGAGCGUUUCAGCUGUCGCAGCUUGCAUGGCACCGUUACUUCUUCGACCCAUUUUAGCUUGUGAAUGCAAUCUAGAUAGUCAAUUCAGUAUGGGUGGUGAUCAAUCCGAUCAACUGAUGCAAGCAGCUGCAGCUGCUAACCAUGCUCAAGCAAUCGUUAUCACUCUUCUAGAAGAAUACGAUAACAUAUUUGGUGAAGGAGAUAUGUUAAGCGACUUAUACUCCGACUCAGAAGACCUCGGAAGUGAGAGCGAAGAGCUUAGUGAAGAUGAUUACGAUGACGGUGACUACACGUCUGAAGAUUCCGAGCAUGCGUCAACAUCUAGUCAUAGUGGCGGCGAUGGUGAUGGUUACCAGAAAAAUACCAAGCGACCCACUACCUUAAGAUCACAUACGAUAGCACAUCGGGAAGUUAUUAAAAAGUCAAAGUCAAAGCCAAAGUCUCAUGCCCGAUCAAUAAGCGAAGUUCCUGAUAAUGUUUCAAAUCAGAUUGGUGACAAUAUAACAAGGAAAACAGUUGAGCAUGGCACGCGCCCCGAAAAUGAAAACGCACAACAAAGUACAAACAGAGAGUUGAGUGAUGAUAUUCAGAGGUCAUCAACUACAGCAGAUUCGCGUGGAAACACAAAACACGCUACGCAGCAAACUGAUGUAACGCCUGAUGCCACUAAAGAGGAAUCACAAGCUAAAAAUGAAGAAGCGGACUUGUUGAGCGAAAAGAAAGAGUUAGAAACACGUCGCAUACAACUCAAACAAGAAGUGGCAAGGUUAGAGCAACAGCUGCAGAAGGAGUUAGAAUUGAGAAAAAGACUUGAAACUGGAAUUAAGAUAUCUCAACAGGCCUUAUUUUCACAAUUCUCUACUAAUGAAAAGGCAGAGAGUUAUGUCAUUAGUGAAGCUACAAAUACUUCUCAGGAGAGCAAGGAUGGCAACAACAAACAUCAAGUUCACUCUUAUUCUACUAGAUUACCUCCACACAAGCAGCUUGAUUUGACUCGCAGCUCCAAGGCAUGCGCAAAUUUCAUUUUGCAAGCUUCUUCUAAUAUUUCAUUUUACUUUAGAAGAUAUGCAUGCUUAGAGCUAUGGUUGUGUUGA